AGGCACUUUCAUCAGGUGAGGCCAAACUAGACGCGCUCUCUUACCUGGAGUUACGCAUUAUCAUUCUUUCCUCUCUGACAGAAGCAAUGUGGACCCCGUGGGCAGUUUGUUUGGGGAUCCUUGUGUUUGUAUCUCCUUUGGUGAAUGGAACAUACCGAGAACAUAGUGUCUGCAAGUGCAAUGGCAAAUCUAAUAUUUGCACUGUAGACUCUCAGGGAUUUCUCUGUCUGAACUGCAUGGACAACACUGAAGGACGCAGCUGUGAAAACUGUAAAAUGGGAUACUUCCACCAAAAACCCACAGGCCGUUGUACUCCUUGCAGCUGCAGUAACCUUGGCUCUCUGACUGCACAGUGUGACAGUAAUGGGCGAUGCAGCUGCAAACCUGGGGUAACAGGAGACAAAUGUGACCGCUGUUUAACAGGUGCCACCCUCACUCGGGAUGGCUGCAACAGAAGAUGCAGAUCAAAAGCUAACAAUCAAGUAAGGUCAGAGUCAAACAACUGCCUUCCAUGUUUCUGUUAUGGACAUUCAUCUGAUUGUACAGAAACAGACGGUUACAGUGUUUACCCCAUCACUUCUACAUUUGACCAUGAUGCUGAUGGGUGGCGAGCAUCUUUCCGAAAUGGUUCACAAGUGCAGUUCCAGUGGUCAUCCAAACACCGUGAUUUGUUUGUAACAUCCAAAGACAAUAGUCUUGUCUAUCUGCAUGCACCAGCAAAGUUCUUGGGAAACCAGGUGAUGAGUUAUGGCCAGAACCUUACCUUCUCAUUCAGAGUGGAUCGAGGUGGCCACAUUCCUUCGCUUAAUGAUGUGAUUUUGGAAGGAGCUGGGCUGAAGGUUAGCCUGCCUCUCACAGACAUGAGUACUCCCUUACCCUGUGGCCAGACAAGGAUUUACACCUUCAGGCUUGACGAAGUUCCAAGCAGUAGAUGGAGUCCACAACUCACUUCAUUGGAAUUUCAAAAGCUGCUAGAGAACCUGACUGCCAUUAAGAUCCGAGGCACAUAUGGUCAAAACAGUUUUGCAUAUCUUGACAAUGUAAGCCUCAUCUCAGCACGUCGAGGUGCUGGUGUACCUGCAACAUGGGUGGAGAAGUGCAGUUGCCCAGUAGGCUACCAGGGUCAGUUCUGUCAGAACUGUGCUCCAGGGUACAAGAGACAGACUCGAGGCAGCGGGGCAUUUGCUCCCUGUGUGCCAUGCAACUGCGCAGGUGGCACGUGUGACCCUGACACUGGAGACUGCUAUUCAAGAGAUGAAUCUCCAUCUGUUUUAACUCAGUGCCCAGCUGGAUUCUAUAACAAUCCCUUAAAUCCCAGCAGUUGUCUGAAAUGUCCCUGUGGCAUUGGUGCCAGCUGCUCAGUCACCCCGGGUACUCAAACAGUAGUCUGUGAUCAUUGUCCUGUAGGCGUGACAGGUCCACAAUGUGAGAUGUGUGAAGAUGGUUACUUUGGAGACCCCAUGGGUAAGAAUGGGCCAGUCAGGCAAUGUCAGAGAUGUCAGUGCAAUAACAACAUUGACGUCAACGCUUUAGGAAAUUGUAAUCGGCUGACUGGCGAAUGCCUCAAGUGUCUGUACAAUACGGCUGGCUUCUACUGUGAGCGGUGUCGUGAGGGAUUUUACAAGAGCUCCGUGGUCCUCGGCUCUGCUCAACGCUGCACAUCAUGCGGCUGCAAUCUUUUUGGAUCUCAGUCACUGCAAUGCAACAGCAAUGGCCAGUGUCAAUGCAAGACUGGCUUUGGAGGGCUCAAGUGUGAACAGGCAGUGUGUCCAACCUGCUAUGACCAAGUGAAAUACCGGAUGGAGCACUAUCUUGGAAAACUGAAAACAAUGGAGUCACUUAUUGCAAACUUUGAUGUUAGAAGAAAUCCAGUUAAUGAAGCUGAGAUGGAGAAAGCGAUCAGAAAAGCAGAGACCACUAUUGCUCAACUGCAACAAGAUGCACAGAUAGUGUCUGACUCUGACCAGCAGUUACUGACCCGUUUGACUGGGGUCAAGACUACACAUUUGAACCAAUCGGGAUCUUUAAAUGAUAUCUCUCAGAAGGUGGAUCUGACCAAGACACUGGCCAGGGAAUAUCAGGACUUGAUUGUAAAGAUUCAAGCAAUUAUCAGUCAAAACAGGAAGAGUCUACUACAAAUGAAAUCAGACCUGGGGACAGUGGAACUGCCCUCCAUGGAUGCUGCACCAGGUACAAAUGGUCUAACUGACUUGGAACAUGAAGCUACAUCUUUAGCAGACAAGCAUCGUGGAGAAGCUGAAGAGAUUGAACUGACUGCAAAAGCAGGAAGCACCACGAUGGAUGAAGCCUAUGAAAUGAUGCGGUCGGUGAUUAGUGGAGAAAACAAAGUCACCAGAAUGGUUCACAACUUGAAAAACAAGUACAAAAAAGAUUUAGACAUUAUUAAAAACAUGGAACUGGAGGCCGACAAUCUGAAUGCAGAAGCUAAUAACGCAAUUCAGCAAGCUACAGACACUCUGCAAUUUGUCACGCGCCCUGGAAUAACAAACCUAGGCAACAUUGAGAAUGACCUCAAGAAGCUCAACAGGGAUGCACAAAACCUGCAAAACACAGUGAAUGGAAAACUUUUAAAAUAUGAUCAACUAAACCGAGGGCUGAAGCUUGCUGAAGAUGGUGCAUCAGAUCUCAUGUCAAAAGGACUCGCAGACAGAGAGCUGGCUGACAAACUUCAAGCAAGAGCUUACAAUGCUAAAGCAGAAGCUGACAAGGCUCUGAAUGAGGGACAUAUAAAUCUGAGAAACCUGGAGGAUGUCCUGGGGAAACUUGAAGGAUUCAAUGAAAUGAUGAUAACAAAAAAGGCAGAAGCCGAUGACUCAUUGAGCAAGAUUCCUUCUAUCAGUUGGAUGAUUCAAAAUGCCAACCAGAAUAACCAGCAGGCAGCAGAUGUACUGAGAGCUGCUGAAAGCAAUGUGAAUUCUGCAAUAAACGCAGCAAGGAAUGCAAGGAACCUCAUUGACAUGCAGUCCUUUGCACAUUCUGGUAAUUUAGAUGACUUACUUACAAAUGCACACAAUUUGAAUGCUAAUAUGGAUGGACUGAAGCAGGAUAUGCAGACACUGGAAAGAAACCUGUAUACUGAGGAGCAGAAAGCAAAAGAAGUCAAUCUGACUGCCACCCUGGCCCUUGGUGACGCUGAGCGAGCCUUCAAUAAUGCACAGAUGAUAAAAACUCCUGUCACCUCCACCCUGACGGUCAUUAAUGACUUGCUGAACCAACUUGAUCAGCCGGGCCAAAUAGAUGAAAGAAGACUGACGAAAAUGGAGGAGUCAGUAAACCAGAUGAGGGGGUCAGUAAACAACCAACUCCGACCCAAACUGGAAACCCUAAAGGAUGCUCAAAGCAGACAAAGAGCCAGGAUUGCUUCCCUCAACCAAGACAUCAGCAACAUCCUCAAAGACAUUGAGAAUCUGGAAGAAAUCAAAAACACAAUCCCAAUAAGCUGCCUUAAUGCUGCAGCAAUUGAAAGACCAUAAAAGAACAAGAGUGGCUGCUUUACUCAGACAUUUUGAACUCUUUAGACGGAACAGCCUUCAUGCCAGCCAGAGAUACUCCGUGGGAAAAAUGGCUGAAAUGAUAGCACUUACAGCAUGGUAUUCAAUUCCCACUGAAAAUCUUUAGCUGUGGCAUCUUGUGGGAAUGCACUGUCAUUAAAUAAUAGACUGACUGUAUUUUGUUGUUUAUUUUGCUUAUAAAUUAUGUGAAUAAUUAAAAGAACUCAUGCACUUUAAUUAUUUUUAUUAAGGAUUGUGAAAUGCAAUCAACCUUUCUUUUGUUUUUAUUAUUAUAUACUUGUUCACAUCAUGGCACAAAUAGGCACCCCUAUCUUGAACAGACAUUCAUGUCCCUUUCAAGUGUUUGCUGUUUGUGUGACUUUCUUCAACCCUAAAGCACUUUGAGAAGAAAAGAAACAGAAAACAAGGAGCCAUUCAGAAUAACAGACAGAAUGUCGAAUAAGUGAUCACUGUAUCAUACAUGGAAAGAGAGCAUUUGUGCUCAUUGACCUCUGCAGUUUUGAAGUGGAAUUACUUUAGCUAAAAAAUGCACCUUUUGAUUAACCAUAAAUAUAUAAGGGGAAGUUACAAAAUAUCCACAACUAAAAAAAAUUAAAAUAAUUGUGAAUGCUUUUUGACUUGUAUGCUUUCACAUAUUUCUGAUACAGCAGGUAGUUCAUUCCAGCCAUUCAUUUACUUGGUCAGAACAUAAAUGUGAUGUCUCAAGACUCCGGUAGUAACAGUCUUUCCAAAUUGUCCCUUAUUACUGUAAAGUAUUAAAAAGCCAGAAAUCAGUGGCGUCUGCUAUCUGUGUCAAGUUAGGGAUACUUUGUCACCAAAUGUUAUCCAAUGUUGACUACGUCCCAAAACUCAGUAAGACUCUGAAUCUAUCAUUAUAACCAACCAGCAAGAAUUCCAUCAACUGCUGGAUGGGUGCAGUUCAGAGUAUAAGCUGAGCGAAGCAGCAGCAGAGUAACGAAUGAGGGAAGGCCCUUGGCAUCCAUCAGGAGCGGCUAAAUACUGAAGAGUGCCACAUUUGCCACAUUUUGUUAUUUGCUUUCACGUGUCAGACAUGCCUGAUUUGUGAAAGCUGUCUGUGUGGUCCGUGACCCUUCUACGCCCCCUCUGGCUUGUUUUGUUAAUGUCCUAAUUGUGACCCGUGUUCAAUCCCUAGACAAGACUGCACUGAACAAUGUUUUUUUUGAGAGGACUGUCAAAAAGGGGGUUAACUUUAUGAAUGUUUGGUGAUUCACAUGUUACAUGUGGGUGGGGUAACCUGCUUAUUUUCCAAAAUGUCAUCCUAUUGGUUUACUAUAUCCUAUGUUUUGUUCUUUCAACACUCACAAUAAACAAUUGUUUGACAA